GAAGGGUUGCAACAGAGUUCACCUUCCGAACAGUGAGCUCACUUUCAAAGCCUUGAUGUGGAUUGUGGAAAAUUUACAAGGUAUUGUGAUGGAGAAACUAGUGGUAGAAACGAUCAACCUCAGUGAUAAAGAAGAAAAAAAGUUAAAUGAUAAAGCAACUUUUAAUUUAGAGUUUCUUUAGAGAAGCAAUCUAUUUGUAGAUUUCCUUUUUGUACACUGUUACAUAUGAUUCUUAUGUACAUCAAGGCCUGGCGUUGUGCAAAUAUUAAGUAACUUUCUGCAUGAACUAAAUAAGGGUAGGUUGAAUGAGUACUAUAUGUUAAAGGGUAAUAUUUUUUGAAUACACAGAUGCAUCUGUAAUAGAUUUACAAUAGACUUAAUAUUUGCGACUAUUUAUGUAUAUAUGACAAGGUUUACAUGUUGCUAAUAUUGGCCUUUUGAGAUACAGGAAAGCCUCACAUUUGGUGGGAUUGCAUUUGACAACCUUUACAAACUCCUACCAUGCAUCAUAUUUGACAACCAUGUCAUUGCCAGAAUCUCUCUCUCCUCUCCCAUAAACUUAAUUAUUUGCAUUUGGUAACCUUUUUUCAAUAUAAAUCACUUGCCAACUGUGAAGCUUUUCUGUAUUUUAAGUACAUGUACCAUAUUCUCUUAUAGUGAUAGGCUGUGUGAUAUGCAUAUAUAUGUGUAAAUUUAAUUUGUUUUAUAUACCUGGAGAAAAAAAAUAUAUAAUUA